AACCAAGCAAAAAAAACCAAAACCAAUCCAACAAGAUGUUCAAGUUUAUCGUCCUCGCCGUUCUCGCUCUGGUUGCCUGUGUUGCCGCCAAGCCAGGAAUUGUGGCACCACUGGCCUACUCUGCACCCUAUGUGGCAUCUCCCUACGUGGCAUCUCCAUACGUGGCAUCCCCAUAUGUGGCAUCUUCCUAUGUGGCAUCCCCGUAUGUGGCAUCUCCAUAUGUGGCAUCCCCAUAUGUGGCAUCACCCUACACCGCCGCCUACAGCGCUGCCCCACUGCUGCUGAGGAAAUAGAUAAGCCAAGAAACAUACAACCACCCGGAAAGAUUGACUCUCUGAAUGAAUAUAAACAAAUAAAAAAAAAACUGCAUCAAAUGAAACUCAA